AUGAAAUUCGACAUGAGAAUGCAUCAUAUGGCAAAGUUUUUGAUCGAGAUGGCAUUCCUGGAUGCGUCACUCUCACCGAUACUCCCAUCACAUACGGCAUGUGCCUAUACAUACAGGGACCUCCCGGAAGGAUUAGUCGAUUUCUUAAUAAGUUUCAUCCUUGACGCUCUUGGCCUACACCGCGACCAGCUUUUGAGGACGCCAGAUGAGCACAAACGGAAUCCAAAUAAGUGGUGGUUGGACUUGGCCGAAAAUGACGACGCUCGCGAAAGAUUAUUCCACGUCCUCUCAGAGAAAAGAGUAAUCUGGAGCGGUAAAACGAGGAUAGCAAUAGGGAGAGCUUUGGAAGACCUUCGAAGGUAUCAUUUUGACCCUGAUAGGGCCAUGCUCCUUCCAUCAAAGAAAAAGCGUGUCAUGGUCGAAGGCAGCACUGUUACUAAAGAAGACGAAGUGAUCCAGAAGACUGAAACCGUCGAAGACGAAGUUGAAGUAGUCGAAGACUGAUGCUGUUCUCAUUCUUAGUCGUAGUUUUUUCGUAAUGUGUCGUUUUUGUGGUGUUUUCAAUACUGUAAUUGCUGCUGACUGUGCAUAUCAUUUCCAUGUCAUUGUAAACUCUACUCGAGAAGAUCAUGCGG